AUGGACAUCAGCAAUCUGCCUGAGAAACUGCAAGAACCAGCAGCUGUGGAUGUCCCCUCGGAGGAUUCGCCAGCUGGAGGGGAGGUGCGGCGCUCUUUUUCGGAUCCUCGAAGCCAACGAAGCAGGACACUGACCAACACUGUCUCCCCACGGCUGCCCGGGGUCCCCGUACGCUAUGGCGUCCACUCCAUCCAAAACCAGCGCAGUGAGAUGGAGGACGCUCACCGGGCCGUACUGGGCGCUGCUUGCUGCAGCCCUUCCCUUCGAGCUCAGGCAGAGAGGUGGCUUGGGAACCUCAGCUAUUUCUCCGUCUUUGAUGGGCACGGUGGCUCGCGAGCUGCCGAGUUCUCGAGUGACCGUCUUUUCAGUCUCCUCGUGGAAAAUCGCGACGAGCUGCAUGCGGAGCCGGAACUUGCGCUGCAGAAAGCCUUUGCACAGACGGAGGCCGAUUGGUUGACGCUAGCCAGACAAGAGGACCUCAUGGACGGUACAACGGCAGCAGUGGUGGUGGUCGACCGCAUGGCUGGCCGCUGCAUCGUUGGCAACGUGGGUGACAGCGAGGUGAUGCUUGGAGGGCGGAGCCCCGAUGGCAGCAUCUACGCUCAGGCUCUCACGGAAGUUCACCAUUGCAAGAGGAGCCAUGAGGAGUCGCAGCGCAUCCAGGAUCUUGGCGGCCGCGUUUGGCACGGUCGGCUAGGCCAUCCGAAGAUCAGUCCCCAGGUCCUCUCAUUGUCAGUAUCUCGCGCCAUCGGAGAUCUUUUCUUCAAAGAUGACAAGUUCACCGGUGGCAUGGCUUCGGGCCUGACAGCGGACCCAUACAUCCGCUCAGCGGAGGUAUGUCAGGGAAGGCUUCAGCACGAGUUCCUGCUGAUCGGCUGCGAUGGGCUUUGGGACACCGUCUCCUACGAGCAGGCCGCGGCGCUGGUCCUGGAGAAGCUGGGGGAAGGAGAGGAGCCCCAGGCCAUCAGCGAGGCAUUGGUUCGUGUGGCGCGUGACGCGGGAUCUAUGGACAACAUCACCGUGAUGGUCGUUGCGUUCUGA